AUGGAAGCAGAGUUCAUCAAGUAUAGCAUCAGACGGCUAUAUAGCAAACUGGACAUGCAGAUUUUGGAAUGUUAUUCUCUACAUCUCAAAUUGACCAAGGAGUAUCCAAUUGAAUUCCAAAAGUUUCUGUCUAGAGCCAAGGUAGCAGAGGAAUGCGAAUCGGAUAGGAAAUGGAAGCUGCAGGAUAGGAAGCUUAACAGACUACGACACGAGUCACAACGGAGACGGACGACACACCGAACGGAUGAGCAGAUCCCUUCAACCAUCACCACGACGCCGAAGGUUCACUCCAUUGAUGGGUUGGUUGUCAACCGAUCGACGACCGCAUUCACGGAAGAACAAUUGACAUACCUCAACAAACGGCUAGGAUACGCGGUUACAACCAAGCCCGACUUGGAGCAGAUCAUCAUUGAUGUAGAAACAUCGAUUACCAAGACACUUCCAACAUCAUCACAGAAUACGGUUAGGAGAACAUCGAACAUAAUCAAAGGCGGACAGGAACAAAGUCGCUCCAACGAAAAGGAAAUUCGGACUGUAAAGGAGCUGAAAAGUAAAGCAGUAUACUACGUGAAAGCAGACAAGGGCAACGCGAUCGUUAUCAUGGACAAGAACGAUUACGACAAUCUGAUGAAAACGAAGAUUAACAACGGACCGUAUAGACAGCUUCGAGUAGACCCCUUACAGAACAUAGUGAAACGCUUGGAGAAAGCACUGAAGGAGUGCAAAUCGAUAUUAGGAGAUGGAGCAGGUCGUUUACGGGAAUCCAAAGGUCUCCAAAGGUAA